AUGGCGGACAAGGCGCAGCGGCGAAUCCAAGCCAUCGGCCAACAGCUGCAGUCAGCCUCCCCGAACUCGUCGGGUCUGGCGUCGAUAAUACAGGUGGCCCCCGGCUCCAGCGCCGCCCGGCUCCAGGGCAAGGUUGCCAUCAUCACCGGCGCAAACUCGCCCAUGGGCAUCGGCCGCGCCACGGCCCACCAGUUCGCCGAGAGCGGUGCGAGGGCUCUCUACCUCUGCGACUUGGACGCCACCCACCUUGCCUCUCACAAGCAAGACAUGCUCGCCUCCUUUCCAACCGUCGAGAUCCACACGCGGCAGCUCGACGCCGCCGAUGACGGCCAAGUCCAGGCCGUCGUGGAUGAUGCCUUGAUUCGAUACGGCAGGCUCGACGUCUUGUUCGCCAACGCCGGCGUGACGGGGCGGAACGUCGUUUUCGCGGAGCUGAGCGAUGACGACUUCAUGUCGGUUCUCAGGACAAACACGCUAAGCGUCUUCCUCGCCGCAAAGCACGCAGCGCCCGCCAUGGCGAGGACGUCGGAGGUGAAGCCGGUUGCUGGCGGCAGCAUCAUCGCCACGGCCUCUGUUGCAGGGCUCCGCUCCAACGCCGGCUCGACGCCAUACUCUGCUUCCAAGGCUGCCGUCAUAUCCCUUGCCCAGACCAUCUCCUACCAGCUCGCGGGGACCGGCGUGCGCAUCAACGCCAUCUGCCCGGGACUCAUCGAGACGGGCAUGACGGCACCCGUCUACGCGGCAGCCCGUGCGCGUGGCAGCGAGCGCAAGAUUGGCCAUCUGAACCCGACUCGUCGCGGCGGUCACGCCGACGAGAUUGCCCGUGUCGCCCUUUUCCUUGGCAGCGACGAGAGCAGCUACGUCAACGGCCAAGCAUGGGCUGUCGACGGCGGCUUGAGCGCCGGUCAUCCGUAUGUGCCGGGGAGGCUGGGAUAG